AUGGAUGCCAGCCAGUUCAAGAUGUUCCUGGAGCAUCAGACCAACGUGAUGCGUAAGAUGUUGCAGGAAGUGCAUGCAUCGUCAGGUGCUUCGCAACCGCAGCAGCGUCGGCAGCAUCAAGUGCAGCAACCGUGCGCUGCCAGUGUGCAGGCGCCGCAACCCUCACCAUUGGCCUUGGUGGAGGAUAUGGAAGAAAAUUUCGAGUUCUUUGAAAAUAGCUGGAACGAUUACUCUGAAGCCAUCGGAAUGGACCGUUGGCCUCGAGAGGAGGAUGCUCAAAAGGUCAGUUUCCUGUUGACCGUGGUUGGUGAACCAGCGAGGAAGACAUAUUUCAAUUUUGAACUUACCACGGACGAGAAGGCAAAUCCUCAAGCAGCUCUGCUUGCCAUCAAAGAUAAAGUGGUCACAAAGCGCAACGUGAUCGUUGAUCGGUUGGAUUUUUUCUCGGCAACGCAAGCGAGUCAUGAGGCCAUCGACGAUUUUGUUACACGACUCAAGGUCAUGGCUAAUUCGACCAAGCUAGGAACGUUGGAGACGGACCUGAUUACGUACAAGAUGGUAACGUCGAACAAGUGGCAGCAUCUGAGAACCAAGAUAGUGCUCUUGAUCAGCCGUCAGUUCUCGGCGGGACUUUUGCUGAAACAGUACAGUUGCGAUAACUAUGUGCUCUCCUGGUGUCAACUACACAAUGUUACAAUCCAAUCGGAUCGUGAUCUUCAAAUGGUGGAGUUCCCGAAAGUUCAGCAGAUUGGAUUUCUCAACGGAUCAAUACCAUAUUUUUCACAUUUUUUGAAUCUCGGUCUGUUCAAAGCUGGCGUACUGAGGAUCUUUGCCCGUGGAACGAAGAUCAGUCGUCUCACACUGCCAAACACGAUCGAGCAACUGUAUUUCCGAGAUAACGAUAUCACAUCGGUCGACAUUGAACCCAGGACAAAGUACUCCAUCAAAUAUCUGAGGAUUCAUGUGAACAAACUCCGAGAUGUUUCGAGCUUCAAGUCACUGGUAAACCUAAUCGAAUUGAAUCUCUGCGACAAUCUGAUCGAGCACGUAUCAUUCGACAUAUUCGCCGGGAUGACGUACCUGAAGCAACUGCUGCUCUGUGGCAACCGAAUCAAAACCAUCACCGCAACGCUCAACAUCAACCUGCCGAAUCUGUAUCAUCUCGACCUGGCCGGUAAUUUCCUGUUCAACGGAACCUUCCUCACACACUGGUACUUUCCUCGAUUGGGUAACUUUUCCCUCCGGGACAAUCUCAUAACACGUCUGGACGUCCGAAUCAUCUCGCAACGUUACAACCUGCUCCGCAUUCUCGACGUCGAGCACAACUCGCUGGACUGUGAUACGUACCAACAGCUGCUCAAGUUGGUCCAUCAGCGCAAAAUAAUCUACAAUGUCGACAAGCGGGUUUGCAACAUUCCACCGUCCAUCCUCCCCCGGUCCAUCCCACCCAGUGGUGACAACGAGGUGGACACCGCUGGCGAUUUACACCAGCAGAUUCGACAGCUGAAGGAACGAAUCUAUCAGCAGGUGAAGAUUAUUUAUAGCCAGCGUAUCGAGAUCCAGCAACUGAGCGCCAAUCUCAGCACACUAAUGGAACAGUUUGAUCUGGUAGCCGACACGGCACAGACCAAUGAUCCAUUCUAAUUUUAGCGCCAUGAGUCUUUUAUUUUAGGUUUUUGCAUGCGAGGAUGAUGUGCGAGUGUUUAUGU